GGGAAAACGAAAUCGCAUAAACAUCAAAGAGAUCUACCUCACAGUUGCGCAAUUGAACAGCAAUGUCUCUGCCUCAGUUUGUGCCCUUCCCAGACGCCAAAAUUCGACAAAGCAUCCAGUCAGAUGAGUGGCAGCUGUACCUGGAUUCAUGGACGUCGCUGACAGAUCUCUAUUUGCGCCUGAAUAAUCAGCAAUUUGCAUCUGCGCGGCAGGAUGUUGAUUCGCCCGGGUUCUUUCUGAUCUCCUUCUUUCACGAACUAGCAGGCGAUGACAGCCUUGCAACAAAGGUCGUCUCACUGCGCAAGAAGUCUUUCCUGCUACUCCACAGGAUAUGGUCUGGGCAAGAUGUGGAAGACGCCUUCCUCAACUGGCCUGUACUGGCAGACAUAUGCAAUGCUUUCACAAAGAGUGAGCAAUUCCGGAGACUACUGCAAACGCUGUGGCAGCGUAUGAGUGGGACAAUUGAGAAGUCAUUGCAGGCAGCAAAGACAUCGUUAAUACGGAAUCUCGACUCGAAACGACCCGAAGAAGCGGAGAGCACCUUGAAUCGGAUAGCGCCACUUCUAAAAGCCUCACCAGACGCGAGCAUCUAUAUGCUCACUGGAUCCGAUUUCCUCGAUUCUCUCUAUAGCGCUUACCCCAAAGUAUCACCGACAAUGCAAAAGAAGCUUGUCACAACCGCAUAUUUCGGCCUUACAGCUACACUAGAAGGCGCGAAACCGAACUACUCUUUACUAUCUGACCACCUUUACUCGCUCAAAUCCAGUGAAGAGCACGAGCAAAAGAAGGAACAAGGCAAGAAGACGCUCGUUGCAGAUUUGGUCACCAACACACCAUUGCUUGAGAAGAUUAGAGACAAGGCUACUACUCCUGAAGCAACGAGAGUGUGGAAUACUGCAGCAUCACUCAGUGUCUUCCAUCAAUCGAGCAUUGUUCGACCAAAGCGACUCGUCCGCCGGAAAGUCGACAAAGGCAAGAAUAAGGCAGAAGCAGAUGACUAUGGGCACGGUGCUUUCACCGGCGAGGUUCAUGUUCAUCGCAUGAGCGUGAUUACUCAAAUACAAGACCUCUUUCCGGAUCUUGGCGCCGGCUUUGUAGUGAAGCUGCUGGACGAGUAUAAUGACAAUAUCGAGGAAGUCACCGCCCACCUACUGGACGGUUCAUUACCGCCACAUCUCGCAGACGCUGAUCGGAGCGAUCAACUACCCACACCAUCCUCGGCACCUCAAUCACAUCUCCCUUCCAGGUCAAGUCAACACCUGCCCGAGCGCCGUAACGUUUUCGACGACGACGAGUUUGACAAGCUCGCUAUCGACACCUCACAUCUUCACAUCGGGCGCAAGAACAAGGAUCUCACAGCAGACAAGGUUCUAUCAGAUCGCAGCAAAGCACCCGCGACAUCCCAUAUCCUUGCCGCAUUGGCAGCUUUCGAUUCUGACGAUGAUGAGCGAGACGAUACGUACGACUUUGAAGAUGUCGGCGCUUCUGUCGACACUGCCGCGCCGGAUGGAGAUGCCAACUCUGAUCUGUCGAACAAGAACGAGGAAGCACUCUUCCGUGCGUUCAGCAAGAGUCCUGAUGUGUUUGGUCGCGAUGUGGAGAAGAAGCGAGGCAAAGCCCGCGCAGCGUUGAAGAGCGAGACCGGUAUGACCGACGAAGCAAUCGAAGGUUGGGGCAUCAUGAUUGGGCGCGAUCCGAAACGUUUACGGCGCCUCGAGGCUAAAUUCUCCACUUUCCACGGCCAACAGAGGGAGUUGCAGUCUACAGCAUGGAAGAACAGUCCUGCAGGGUCAGGAGACGAAGGGAGCGGGGAUGGAGGAAGAGGAGGCUUCUGCGGCAGAGGACGUGGCAGAGGCCGAGGGCGUGGUGGACGUGGAGGUGGACGAGGUGGCGGCAAUGUCGCAGGGCCUGCCAACGAAAAAAGCACACAGAUUGCUCGACAACGCAAAGAAGCCAACAAGGGCCGCAACCACAACGCUCAGCGAGACAAGAAAAUGGCAAGAGGCGGGUUUUCUGGGUAAGCUGCCGAACUACCGACUACCUUCGACCUACAAUGUUAAGGGCUGGAUGAGCGCUAUACGCCACAGCGUGCCUAGCAUCUCGUCCAACGUCUAGAUCUUUCGAAAAGGAUCUGCUAUGCACGCUAUUAAUAAUUCGCAGGUGAUUGUUGCGACAAUCGGUAUAUGACCCAUACACCGCAUCGACGUUGCUCAGGGGGUGAACAAUCAGGA